AGUAUCGACGCGGUAAGCGUUUUUAGCAGCCCAACAAUGACACCAUUGAUCGCAACCCUCGCCGCCUGUGCCCUGACGCUCUCGAUUGUGCACUCGCGGGGGCUGCCCGAAUCGUCCGACAAGCUGGAAGCGUGUGGGCAGCACUACGGCGCACUGCUGAAAGCGUCCACCACCUGGAACGAAAAGGAGUGCAACGGGUCGACAAAGCUGGCCGCCUGCGUCGUGUCCGAGCACGAGCAGGCCUACCGCGAGCUCAAGCAGCGCUGCCAGGAAGCGCACGACGAGCGGACCGCCAAGGUGAACGCCAUCUACGAAAAGCUGCCCGCCUACCUGAGCGAGGUGAGCGCCCGCGUCAAUGUGCUCCAGGUGUCGCUGCAGCACGAUCUGCCCAACCUGCAGGAGAUGGUAGGCGAGCAGCGCCACCUGAUCGAGCAGGCCUGGCAGUACGGUGCCCAGCUGCAGCACGAGCUGAUGCUGACCAGCAUGGAGUCGGACCGUGUGCAGCGCGCGCUGGUACUGCACUCGAUGCUGGUGAACGCCUCGCUCGCGGAGAUGGUGAAGGAAAGCUACCAAACGCACGGUGCCGACGGGCGCAUGGUGGCCCGCAUGCUCAAGUUCGUUCGGCUGGUGCCGGGCGCGGACGAGCGGGUCGCUGUGUACAAGCAGCUGGCGGAGCUGCUCAAAUCGAACGGGCAGGAUGGCCGCUUCCCGGCCGUGAUCUUCUCGACCGAUGUGCGCCAUCUGGAGGACCGGUACAAGCCCGACCACGCCCAGUACGAGGGCAAGGUGGUGGAGCGCUGGCUGGCGGAGCUGCAGGCAGGCACGUUCCACGAGGUGGUCGAGUUCGCGCGCGACUAUCCGGAGUACUUUGCGCGCGUCGAGGAGCCGCUGUACGAGGCGCUCAAGCAGCAGUGGUCAGCGGAAGGACUGGAUCGGAUGGUAAGCUUCCCGAACGCACUGCCGGUGGGUGUGCAGCGCGUUCGGGCGCUGCGGGCCCUGCUGGAGACGCUGCUGCAGCAUCAGGGCGAGCAGAACAACGACGUGUAUCUGAUCCGGCUGGCGCACGAGACGGGCCGCGUGGAGGCAACGGUCGGGCAGGCGGAUGCCGCGGUGCGCCAAGCGCUCGACGAUGUCAAGAAGCUGUUCGAGCAGUUUAAGUACCAGCGUGGCUUCCCGGAUUACGAAGCGCUGUACAAGUUGUUUAAGGGUUUGUAGGUGCCGGCAGCUGCAGUGAAUAAAACGGAUCAUUGACGGUAAUAUCUCGCCAUGGACAUGCAA